GGAGGGGACGGCUGCCGCCGCGAGGCCCGGCGGGUGGGUGCGCGUCGACACCUGAGCUCACGCCGGGGCCCUGCAGCUCCCCAGGCCGCUCGCCCGCUGCGACUGCCCCGCUCCGCCCGGGGCGCCGGUUGACGCCCCCGUUCCGUUGGGUCGUCCCUGCCGAGCCAGUGUGUUGGUCUGAGCAGGAGAAUCUAGGACCACGCCCCCUGCCCAUUUCCCUCAUGACUUCACCUUAUUCACCUUUUCCGCCUGUUUCCAGUGUUUCCAGGAGCACUGAAAAAAUGAGUGAGACUCCAGGGAUGGUGUCCUUUGAGGAUGUGUCUGUGGACUUCACCUGGGAGGAGUGGCAGGACCUGGAUGAUGCUCAGAGGACCCUCUACAGGGACGUGAUGCUGGAGACCUACAGCAGCCUGGUGUUCUUGGGGCUUUUCAUUACCAGACCUGAAGUUAUUUUCAAGUUGGAGCAAGGAACAGAGCCAUGGCUGGUUAAAGAAGCCCUGGACCGGUGCCUUCCAGAUGUGCAGAUAGUUGAUGAUGUGGUUGAGAACAGCCAAGAAAAUCACAGAAGACACUUGUGGCAAGUUGUUGUCAACAGCAGCACAUCAGCUAGGGAGAGACUUGAAUUAGGAAAGGCAUUUCAUUUGAGCUCAAAAUGUAUUUCAAAUCUGAUGGUAAAUAAUGGGAACUCUUCAGUAAUGAGACCUCAGGAGUUGGAUGUGUACCAACUCAUGCCUUUCCCUGGAGGGCCUGUUGUGAGAUGCGCAGCAGAGAAGUCUGGUGCCUACGAGGUGCCAGGGAAGGCCCUCAAACACAGUGAACUCCUCAGCCAGAGCCACAAUGCCCAGGCUGGGCAGCAGCAUCUGGAAGGUGGGGGACAAGGGAGUGCCCUCAGCACAGAGAGGGGCAGCAUGGCAGGGACCUGUUCGCACAGUGAGUGUGGGAACAGCUGUGCGUCUCCCCAGGCAGGGAGGAAACCCUUCACAUGUGGUCUGUGUGGCAAGACUUACUCCAGAGCAUCUGCCCUUGCUGACCAUCAGAAAAAGCACACAGGAGAGAAGCCCUACAAGUGCAGCAGAUGCGAGAAGUCCUUCUUUGUUAGAUCUGUUCUUAGAGACCACCAGAGAACACACACUGGGGAGAGGCCCUACACAUGCAGCAGCUGUGACAAGUCCUUCUGCCAUCGGUCGGCCCUCAUUACGCACCAGAGGAUCCACACUGGGGAGAGGCCCUACGAAUGCUGUGAAUGUGGGAAGGCCUUCCGCAGGAAGUCGGCUCUCAUCAUCCAUCGCAGGAUUCACACAGGAGAGAAGCCCUAUGAGUGUGAGGUGUGCAAGAAAGCCUUCUGUCAGAAAUCAGUCCUCAGCUUACAUCAAAGGACUCACACAGAAGAAAAGCCCCACGAGUGUGACCAGUGUGGAAAAGCCUUCUGCCGGAAGUCGGCCCUUACCAUCCAUCAGAGGAUCCACACGGGAGAGAAGCCCUAUGAGUGUGCACAGUGCAAGAAGACCUUCUGUCAGAAGGCAGGCCUCACUUUGCACCAGAGGACUCACACAGAAGGAAAACCCCAUGAGUGUGACCAGUGUGGAAAGACGUUUUUCCUGAAGUCGGGUCUCACCAUGCAUCACAGGACUCACACGGGGGAGAAGCCCUUCAAAUGCAGUGAGUGUGGGAAGGCCUUUUCCCAGAAGACCCACCUCCGGAGGCACCAGAGCAUGCACACCGGGGAGAAGCCCCACACAUGUGCCCAGUGUGGGAAAGCCUACUUUCAUAAGUUGGAUCUCACCAAACACCUGCGGAUUCACACUGGCGAGAAGCCCCACGUGUGUGCUCAGUGUGGGAAAGCUUUUCGCAUGAAGUCAUACCUCCACGUGCAUCAGAGAACACACACUGGGGAGAGGCCAUACGAGUGCAGCAGGUGUGGGAAAGCCUUUCGCCGCAAGUCGCAUCUCAGCAGUCAUCAGAAGACUCACCCGGAAGCUGCUCCGCAUGGUGGAGACUGGCUGUGUGUGCUGCAGAGAGCCCCGUCUGUUCUCUAGCUCACCUGCCUACCCCUGCCUCUGCUUGCUGUGGGAGGAGCCUGCAGCUGCCUGAGUCCAUGCAGUGUAGACACAUGGGACCAAUGUUGCUUCCAGGUUAGAUGACAAACAUUCCCUGUGAUGCUGUCAGAUGACAGACAUUCCCUGUGACGCUGCCCGAGUUCUUGAGUCCCAUGAUACCCAGGGUGGCCUUGAGAAAUCUUGUUAGAGAAGGUGAUUGUGACCGAGAAAGAGUUGCCUGAAGAGAUCAGAUGGCUUCUCCUCUUUCCAAGCCUCCAUUUAUACCUCGUAGGAGUGAGAAAUAAAUCCUCCUCUGUUGAGCCAUUUUUCGUGUGAUCUGUUUGCAUUACAACCCACUGAGGCACAUUCCCUGUACAAGCUUUUGAGAGAAGUUUUCAGCCCUUGUUAUGAAAUUCACACAGAAACCUGUCAUCAUCUUUUAUUCUUUGUUCAGUUUACCAGAAAAAUCAGAGGAAUAAUGCCACAAAUUGGGAACACCUUUUCAGGCAGAACACGGAGAAUGAAGUAAAUUUUUAUUAUAAAAAUCUUUGGUGUGUCAAAGCUUUGAACAUAACUUUCAGUUUUUUCAUAUACCAGAAUUUUUUGUAAAGGGAAAGCAACUGAUUUAUGUGAUAAGGAUAUAAAUUUUCAAAUAGGUUGCAUAUAGUAUCACAAUGCUUGUUGAAGUACUGGACCAUUGGCCAGUAGUGAUGUGAGUGGUGAUGUGGCCUGCCAGCAGGUAUUUGACUCUAUCUGCAGGAACUUGGGGUUGUCGUAACUGGAGUUCAUAGGACCAGCCUCUGCACAAAGCAGCUCCUCCAGGUGGAGGGUUUGUGCAUGAGCAUUCAGCAUUACCACGUUCUCUGACCGGAAACCCAUGGUGGAGAUGUAUGUGUACACCUGCCAUAAUGUGACACAUUGAGAUACUCCAACUAAAUACUGCUCUAGCUUCUUUAUUCCUGAAUACAUGAAGUGUAAAGUAUCAUUGUACAUACUUCCCCCCUACUUUUCUAUUGUAUAAAAUUUGUGUAAAUAA